AGUAAAGCAAAAGAAUAACAUUACUAAAACUUAGACGUUUAGUUCUCUUCCAUUACAAUCACAAAGUUAUAAACAGGAAGUUAUUAGUUUCGUUGGUAAGUUCAUGAAGUUUUGUUUUUCGGAUAAAAUUCAUUUGGUAUCCUGUCCACACCGAACUUAAUCUGUCGGAAAACGGUAAUUGGACAAUGCAGUAAACAUAUUUCUCCAUAUUGUACACAAAUUAUCUGACAGCCGGUCUACACCGAACUAAAUCUGUCGAAUAAACGUACAUUGGACAAUACAGUAAACAGAUUUUUCCAUAUUUAUUGCUCUCAGAAGGAUGGAUUCAGUUCCCGGACGAAAGGCACAAAUGACAUCUGGGUCGGCGCCUGACCUAACCUACUGCCAGCCAUGCGCGGAGGAUGGCAGGAAAAUCUUCUCCGAGGCCUUCUGUCCUGUCUGCAUGGAGUUCCUGUGUUCCACCUGUGCACGAGUACACCGGAACCAGAAAAUAACCAAAAGUCACGCCCUCCAGAACAAGAGCAGUAUGCCUUCCUCUUUCCGCGGAGAGAGUGAAGAUGAAAAGUUUACAGAAACAUGUCAGCGUCAUGCUAAAGAGUUUAUUAAAUAUUACUGUUCGUGCCAUGAUGCACUUUUGUGUGGAGACUGUUUGAUUGAGAAUAAAGAGCAUCGCUCAUGUAAGGUAGAGAAAAUUUCGCAAGUGGCAAAACAAUACAAGCAGGGAGCAGAAUACAACAACCUUAAAACAGGACUUGUCCAGAUGUCCAGUGACAUCGGCAAACUUUCACACAACAUACAGGCGAUUAUGAAAUCAGUAGAAGAAGAAAGCCUUACAAAUAUAAAUGAGCUUCGCAAAUUCAGGACUGAAAUUAACCAGUACCUGGAUAAGAGGGAAAACGAACUCUUGGCAGAAAUUGAUCAGAAGAAACGGACAUCCAAGACACUGCUUGAUGAACUGAAAUCAAAAUGCACAAACAUGAAAUCAUCCAUUGAGAAACUAAAGUCGGAGCUACAAGCACAGGACGACAUCAGCAACCAGCUAUUAAUAGUAGGAAAACGAGCUAUAAAAGAGCUGACAGGUCUCCAGACAGCUCUGCAACAGGUGAGGAGGAGAAGUGAAGUUCCCAGAUACAAGUUUCACAGGGACCCCGCAACUGAGCAGUUAAUAGCUUCUGAAAAAGCAAUAGGAGGGUUGGAAGAUGGCGAAUCAACUUCGGCGUUAGUGGACCAACAACGACAACAGCAGACGACGCAGGAACAAUGGCAACAGGAGACGAUGCAACAACAUAAAAAACACAUGAAAGCUGUAUCACAAAAAGGCGAAUCAACUUCGGCGUUAGGGCAUCAAGAACGACAACAACAGAAUGAGCAGCAGCCACGGCAACCCGUGACGAUGCAGCAAAAACAAAAACACAUGCAAGGUGUAUCACAAAAAGCCCACUUCAAAGGCAGUGCAGACCUAAGCCGGGCCAAGUUCAGCAGACAGCCUGACAUUUCAAUGAAGACAUCAGGUGAUGGCAGUGACUGCUUCCUGACCAGUGUGGCCUUUCUUUCCGUGGACAAACUCCUACUGGUAGAUCGCUAUAAUUACUCAUUGAAGCUGGUGGAAACCAAUAACAACAAGGUGGUGUCGCAAGUGAAACUGUCAAGUGAGCCGUGGGGCAUGUGUCUCCUGCCCGGGGACAGGGCAGCCGUCACUCUGCCCAUGGAGAGGAAGAUACAGUUCGUAUCUGCUCAGGGAAAUAUCACACUACAGGAUAUUGUUAAAGUAGGUGGUCAGUGUCAUGGAAUAGAUUUUUGUGAUGACAGCUUGAUAGUGUCCUUCACCUCCCCAGCUAAGGUUGUGUUGAUUGACAUGAAGGGAAAGGUGAAGAAGAGUGUGGACAAAAACAGCAGUGGAAAACCUUUGUUUCAGCUUCCCUUGUAUCUGACAGUGACCAGAGAGAGUCCAACUCCGGCCAUAUAUGUAUCUGACUCGGGCACCAACACCAUAACCAAACUGAGCAUCUCACUAGAGGUGCUCCAGUCCUACCAGGACCCGACACUGACAUCACCACAGGGUCUGACAGCUGUAGGAGACAACCAGCUGCUCAUAUGUGGGAGGUACAGUAACAACAUCCUGUUACUGGACACGCUCACCAGCGUGAUAACCCAACUGCUGGGGAAGGGGAAGGGGAUUGAGCGUCCAUACAGUGUGGCUUACUGUUCACUGAAGAAGAUGCUGUUUGUCACCUGCAGUACAUUAAAAAGACUGGAACUGAAAAAUUAUGUGAAAGUAUUCAUCUUAGUAUAGUUUAUUAUCAAGUCUUCCAAUUAAUAUGAGUGAAAUCUAUAUAUCCUGUGUAAACGAAUUGUAGUGUGUAAGAACAAUUGUAAUGCAUAAAUAUUUGCUUAUAAAUUCUAUAUGAUUGAAUGCACAUAGUUUCACUUAUAUUUCUCAACUAAAUCCAUGUCGAAAGGUUUGACGGAAAACUUUGAAGUUGUGUGAUAAUUUGUGGAUGAAAUAUACCCAUAUGUUGUCUUCUUACCACACAAGACAUUAAAUAAAUAAUUUGUGUUGAAGUUGGACUUCUUUAAUUAUCACCAUACCACACGAGAACGAAGUGUGCGUAAAUGGGUAAAUCUUUAAUCAAAUGAACAGUUUAUAACGUUAAAACGUAUUAAGCUUAAAGUGGCACUCUUAUUCAAAAUCGACAUAUACACAUGUAUAACAAACAUAAUUUUUGACUGAUAAACCUUUAACUACUUACUAAAUAAUGCAUUUAUGGAAAAUGUUAAUUACUGAUAACAAGAUUGUAACCGUGUAUUUAAUAACUAAAACGCAAAAAUAUUAAAUGAUUGGUGACUGCUAAAAUAUUUUCUCUUAUCUUCUAUUGUCUCAUAUAAGGCUGAAAUACCGUUUUUUCUGCACAUUUCUUUCAAAUUAAACUCGGUAUUUUUCAUAAGAACCAUUGUUUUCAAUAUUUAGUCUUCCUUUUUGGUAUAUGAAAACAAUUGUAUUAAUUGUGGUAAAUCUUACUUGGGAGUAAGAGAGCAUCUUUAACUGUUUUAUGAGUUAUUGUGUAAUGAGUGUUAAAGAAUAUUGUAUAAUCUGAACUGUUUGUCAUUUCUUUAAGCAAUUUGUAUUUUCUAAAUGUGAUGUAUAUUAUGUGUUAACGUACGUAUCCUCAUAUAUUGAUUGAAUUAUUGUAUAGACAUUGACCUAUGUGUAAAUUGUUUUUCCCAAAUAUGAUUCAAUAAAUUACAUAGACAUCAACCAAUGUGCAAAUUCUCUCCUCAUAUAUUGAUUGAUUAAAUCAUACAAACAAUU